AUGGCCGAGUCUGUUCCUAUUCCGGAACCCCCUGGGUAUCCCCUCAUUGGAAACUUGGGCGAGUUCACCACCAGCCCGUUGGCUGACUUGAAACGCCUGGCCGAUACCUAUGGCCCCAUCUUCAGACUACGCCUACCUGGCAAGUCUCCCAUCUUUGCAUCAUCCAAUGCCUUUGUCAACGAACUCUGUGACGAAAAGAGGUUUCAGAAGACGCUCAAGUCUGUCCUGGGUACUGUUCGAGAAGGCGUUCACGAUGGCCUCUUUACGGCUUACAAUGAUGAGCCAAACUGGGGCAAAGCGCAUCGAAUUCUGCUCCCUGCCUUUGGACCACUCUCCAUCCGCAGCAUGUUUGAUGAGAUGCAUGACAUAGCUACCCAGAUGUGCAUGAAGUUUGCUCGCCACGGCCCUCAAACUCCCAUCAACGCCUCGGAUGAUUUUACCCGCCUCGCCCUCGACACUCUUGCCCUGUGCUCGAUGGGCUUUCGCUUCAACUCAUAUUACCGCGAGGAGCUGCACCCAUUCAUUCAGGCUAUGGGAGACUUCCUUACUGAGUCUGGUGUGAGAAACAGACGCCCGACCUUUGCCCCUAACUUUCUCUACCGUGCCGCAAAUGAGAAGUUCUUUGCCGACAUCAAAGUCAUGAAGGACCUGGCCGCCGAAGUUGUGGCCAACCGGAAGGAGAGGCCCAAUGAUCGAAAGGACCUACUCACUGCCAUGCUUGAGGGGGUUGAUCCUCAGACUGGCGAGAAGCUCUCGGACGAAAACAUUGGCAAUCAGCUCGUCACAUUCCUGAUUGCUGGCCAUGAGACGACCUCGGGUACACUGGCAUUCUCUUUUUACAACCUACUCAAGCACCCAGAGGCCUAUGAGAAAGCACAGCAGGAAGUCGACCAAGUCAUUGGCCGUGGUCCCAUCACUGUUGAACACCUCACCAAGCUCCCGUACCUUUCUGCUAUCCUAAGAGAAACCCUACGACUCAAUUCCCCAAUCCCCGGCUUUGGUGUAGAGGCCAUUGAAGAUACGUUCCUGGGAGGCAAGUACCUCGUUAAGAAGGGGGAAAUCGUGUCUUGCAUGCUAUCUAAAGCCCAUCUUGACCCUGUCGUCUACGGCGAAGAUGCUGAAGCAUUCCGCCCUGAGAGAAUGCUGGACGAGAAUUUCGAGAGGCUACAAAAGGAGCACUCUAAUUGCUGGAAGCCUUUCGGAAAUGGCAAACGCGCCUGUAUUGGAAGACCCUUCGCCUGGCAGGAGGCCCUUCUCGCCUUGGCAAUGCUCUUGCAGAACUUCAACUUUACCAUGGAUGAUUCCAACUACCAGCUCCAGAUACAGGAGACGCUGACAAUCAAACCAAAACACUUCAACAUGCGAGCAACUCUUCGGCACGGCAUGACGCCGACUGAACUCGAGCAUGCCUUGGCUGGCCGAGGCGGUCAUAGUCAUGCAACUUCGGGUACCAAGGCUUCUGCAGCUUCUGGUGCUGAGGGGGCCGGCGGAAAGCCCAUCUCAAUCUACUAUGGCUCCAACAGCGGCACUUGCGAAGCCCUUGCUCAACGAUUGGCCUCAGAUGCGCCAAGCCACGGCUUCGCUGCUAAGAACAUUGGCCCUCUGGACCAGGCCAAACAGAACCUCCCUGAAGAUCAUCCGGUUGUCAUUGUCACUGCGUCCUAUGAGGGCCAGCCCCCCUCCAACGCUGCUCAUUUCAUCAACUGGAUGGAACGGCUGAGUGGACAGGAGAUGGAGAAGGUUUCCUACGCCGUUUUCGCAUGCGGCCACCAUGACUGGGUUGAGACGUUCCACCGAAUUCCCAAGCUCGUGGAUGCAACUCUGGAGAAGAGGGGCGGAACUCGCCUUGUCCCCAUGGGCAGUGCUGAUGCCGCAGUCAGCGACAUGUUUAGUGACUUUGAGGCAUGGGAAGACGAAAUCCUCUGGCCUGCUUUGAAGGAGAAGUACGGAGGCGAUGAGGUCGAUGGCAAAGCUGGCUCACAGCGAGGCUUGCUAGUGGAACUGUCGACUCCGAGAAAGACGAGACUUCGACAGGACGUCGAAGAAGCCUUAGUGGUUUCGGAGAAAACCCUCACGGCGUCAGGGCCUCCCAAGAAGAACAUCGAGAUCCAGCUCCCCACGGGUAUGACAUACAAGGCCGGCGACUAUCUGGCCAUCUUGCCCCUGAACCCUAAAACCACCGUCGGACGCGUCUUUCGCCGAUUCAAGCUCGCUUGGGAUGUCUUCCUCAAGAUUCACUCAGACGGACCGACCACUCUCCCAACGAAUACAGAAAUCUCUGCGUAUGACGUCUUCAGUGCGUAUGUAGAGCUGUCACAGCCGGCAACGAAGAGGAACAUUCUUGCCUUGGUAGAAGCCACCGAAGACAAGGCUAUUAUUGAGGAGCUUGAAAAGCUUACUGGGGAUGCAUACGCUGAGGAAAUUUCGGCCAAGAAGGUGUCGGUCCUUGAUCUCCUUGAGAAGUACCCGGCCGUCGCCCUCCCCAUCAGCUCAUAUCUUGCCAUGUUGCCUCCGAUGAGGGUCCGUCAAUACUCUAUCUCGUCUUCUCCGCUUGCAAACUCUUCCAAGCUCACACUUACGUAUUCUCUGCUCGACGCACCAUCACUUUCUGGCCAGGGUCGCCAUGUCGGUGUUGCGACACACUUCUUGUCGUCACUUUCCCCUGGAGAGAAGCUUCAUGUCUCAGUUCGUCCUUCAGUUGCAGCUUUCCAUCUCCCAAGUGAUGCCGAAAACACGCCACUUAUCUGCAUUGCGGCUGGUACUGGCCUCGCGCCGUUCCGUGGUUUCAUGCAAGAGCGGGCCGCCAUGCUUGCUGCGGGACGAAACCUCGCACCAGCCAUGCUCUUCUUCGGUUGCCGCAACCCCGAUAUCGACGACCUCUAUGCUGAUGAAUUUGACCGCUGGGAGAAGAUGGGGGCAGUUUCGGUACGACGGGCCUACUCCCGAGCGACAGACAAGUCAGAGGGAUGCAAGUACGUGCAGGACAGGCUCUAUCACGACCGCGCCGACGUGUUCAAGUUGUGGGAUCAGGGCGCCAAGGUGUACAUCUGCGGAAGCCGGGAGGUUGGCAAGGCUGUGGAAGGUGUUUGUGUCCGUCUCGUCGUGGAGUGGUCAGAGGAGCACAUGAAGUGUGCUUCAACAGAAGAAAAGGCACGCGAAUGGUUUGAGAAGCAUCGCAAUGAGCGAUUCGCCACGGAUGUAUUUGAUUGA